CUGCCAUAUGAUCCCUGCUCCCAAGUCCAUCGAUCAGUGACUCUGCGCUCAGUCGCUCGGUGUUUGAUUAUUUUCGCCUGCUCGUCUUGUUUUCAUGAAAUGACGGGACGCAAGAGCAGCUAGCUCUGCCCGCUGCACGGCUCUGUCACUACAAGGAGAGGAGAGCCCCGCCAUCAAGACAUCAUGGACGCAUGUGCACGUAUUAAAGGGGUCCCGCUAAAGGGCCGUGCCACUAUUAGAAAAGAGAUAAUCCGUGAGGGCACGAACCCUUGCUCAAAGAGCCUGUUGAAGUACAAAAAGGAGCUGUGCAAUGUAUCAGUGGAUCUACAUACUAAGGAAACACAGUGUCUUUCAGAAAUACAUUAUGUGUGUUUACCUAGUGUUGCUGAUGGGGAGAAUUUAACUCUACAGGCUCUGACGUCUCUUUCCACUGAGAUGAUGGAGUUACUUAGAUCACUACAUGUACAUACCCUUAAAGAUGAAGAGAUUCUGCUCCUUAAAGACCCCAAAAGACCUUUUGAGAGAAAAGAUAACAUUUCUCAGGCCAGCUUGUCAAGAGCCUUGUGUAUAUUGAGGCAUAGCUCCACUUCUCAGAUUAGUGUUUCCACCAUGCUGGGGUUGUUGGCUCGAUACACAGCUGGCAUAAGGUAUGCCAUGGAGUUACAGGUUCUGCAGAGGGGCACAUCGGAAGCAUGUCAGGCUGAAGACGAUGAUACCAAUCAGUCUGUUUCUUCUAUUGAAGAGGACUUUGUUACUGCUUUUGAGCAUUUUGAAGAGGAAGAUACAGGUGCUCAUAGUCAGCGGAACCUAAGAGAUGUGGCUUCCCAAACACUCCCAUCCCACUUAAAAGAAAUGUCAGGAUCUCACAUCAUAAUAAGUUCAAUACACAAAAAGUCAUUGUGCAAAGAAAAAGACGCUGCAAAUGUUUCAGAAUCUGCAACAGCAUGGCCUGAAGUUUCAGAGACUGUGUACACACCUAGUGGUCCACCAAAGGGACGUGCUACCUCCACAUCCCUCACAGAAUCAGAUGAGUCAGACUGCUCAAGUCCCAGCCCUAUUAUAUUUCUGGAUGAAGUUGGAUAUCAGAAAAGUCUUAAAGCAAAACUUGACAUUCCCAAGAUCCCCAUUUUUAAGGAGGGAGUGGAAGAUUCUGACUCAGAAGUCAGUGAAUUUUUCGACAGCUUUGAUCAGUUUGAUGAACUAGACCAGUCUUUUGAUUCAAACAUUAAGGUCUUGAAAGAACAGCUCCUCCCAGGGAAAGAGGAAAAGAAGCAUAGUGAUAACUCUGGAUGUAAAUUUGUGUCAAGGGGGUGUUCAACCAGAGCAAUGAACCCUCACAAGUUUGAUCACAGGACUCUCCCUGCCAAUGUCAAGAAACCAACUCCACUUAAACCAGGAUCACCAUAUAGUAUUCACUCUGACACACCAGAUUCCCCACGGCCAGCCAGGACUCCCUGUGAUGAAAGCGGGCCACUCUUCAGUCCGGUUAGCUCAUCCGCAUUCAGCCCUCUUGGAGAAGGAGGGUCUUUGGAGUAUUUUUGGAAAGCAGAUGGUGAUAGCUCAGAAUUACGCAAACCACAAGACCUUUGCUCGCUGUACAAAACUUACUCCGACUUUGCCAACAACCUGUCAAAAGAAAUCCUUGGAUCUGUUUGUGGGUACUCCUCCCCUGUUGAUUUUAACAUCAAUAAGAACUUGAGCUGUGUCUGUCAUAAGGAGUUCGAAAACACUAGCGGACAUCUAAUGAAGCUGUCAGACAUUCAGGAGACCGUCAGCAUCACCAAAUCGCAAUCACAGUCUCUUAAAGAUGGGAUUCAGAAGUUUGCUACAGACUUGGUCGAAAUGAGCAUUGGAAGUGCCUUAAGGGACUUGCAAAAAGGAGUGUCCUCUUGUACCACUACACUUUGCCAUUUGGCAGCGAGGCUAACUUCCUCAGUUUUUCAAAUGGCCUUUCAUGAGAUAGGAAUGCGUCAUGCAUAUGUGUUAAAAGAGCGUGCCAUAAAUGGAUUGGCCAGUUUUCUGGUAGGGGAAGCCGUUUCUGGAGCCCUCAAAGAGUUUCUGUUUGUGAAAAAGCAGAUUUUCAACAACACCGUGGCACGAUUUGCAGCAGAUCUCGCAGAGGAGUUAGUGUUUGAAGGAAUUAUGGAGGUUUGCCAAUUUUCACAUCCCUCCACACCUCUUACACCAAGUGACUGGUCUUUUGAACAAGAUGAGGAAGUGGUUUCUUCCUAUGCCUCUGACCUGUCAGAAUCAGUUCUUCAAGAGGCUUUUAUAGAGCUGUCACAAGCUGAUGUGACUUUUACCACGCAGGCAGCUAUCAGUGUAUCAGUGGAUAACAUAUGCUAUGUGAGUGCUGAGGAUACUUCUCUAGUCACACAAACCUGCAGUGCCAAAACUGGCUAUCUUGGAUCACAGGCUUUAGCAGAUGCUGGAAACCAAGAACACGAUGGUUGCACAGUUAAGAAAGCCUUGUAUUGUGUGUCAGGUAUGGCCAGCUGUGUUCCAGUACCUGUAGCUGGCAAAGUCAUAUCCCAUGUACAAAACUCAGAAGAGCUUACUCAGUGUAAAUCCAGUAUUGGCCACAUAUGUCAGACCAGCCCCAAAAUAACAAUAUGUUGCCAAGCAGAAACCCCAACCUUUACCUUAGAUGCCUCAGCAGCAAUCCAGACCGAAUCGUUGCCAAAUCCUCCAAGCAAUCAGGACACUAACAGUGAUGAAAUUACUGGAAAUCCAUCUAUUGACAGCAAUUCUGGUAAACCCUCCACUGGCAAAACUUUUCAAAACUUCUCUGGCAGUAUGGUAGAUGCUAUUGUAGGUGAGGCAUUUGAUCUUAUGCAUUCUUCAACAAAAGUAAAGAAAAAAGUAGAGGAUUGUGCAGACUUUUUAAGCAAAACUAUAGCAGCCCACAUAUCCACUCCAAGCCAUGGAAUUGUUAAAUUGCAUGAUGCUCCGUCUCAGAGCUCACAAUCUCAGAGAGGUCCCUCUCAAAUUCCCUUUCAAUUGGGAUCAAAGAGCUGUUGUGACACAACCUGUAGAAGCAUACGUCCAGUCUCUAAACCAGCCUCAGAGGUUAGAAAGGACACCUUAGAAGUGCCCAGUACCUCCUGUGGUAGUAGAAAAGUAAUUGCAGAAGAGAUUUUUAGCAGCAACUCUGGGACAAAAUCAACUGAAACCCCAAGCACUCCACCCUCAAGUCCCCAGCAGCCGUUGGAUGAGUACAACGAAAAACGGAUCAAACAGUUCUCUAAGAAACUCAAAGGUAAACUUGCAAAAGAAUUUUCUCCUGCCACUCCUCCACCCACUCCUUAUUACCCUCCUGCCACAGACUCUAAAGAAACAGGCUCAGUUUCAGACAAGACAGAUUUCAUGCUAAAGCUCAUUCGGUCUCUCUCAGAAGAAGCUGGCAGCAACGAUGAUGAGGAGGAACAGCUGGAGGAUGUCCCUCACUCUAGAAACUGCCAAGCAGAAUUGAGCCCUAACGUCAAAAAGAAAAUGAGUGAUCGGGGUGCACUUCAUUAUGCAGAGCGUUUAGCGUGCCACAUUGUUUCCAUGGCAACUGAGAUGGACACGCUAAGCUUUGGAGAUGUUUUGAAGCCUGUAGGUGAUGAGAGCAAAGGCAGUGUUGCUUUGCACAGUGCACAGUUUUCAGAGCAGACUUUAAAUUCACUGUGGACGUAUGCUGGGGAAGUGGCUGGAGAAGUCAUCAGUGACGUAAAGAGGAUGAUGACUUCAACCCAUUGUCGUCACAAAACAAUGAAAAGAGGAUCUGUGAACUCUGCAGACAAGCAUCAGAGUGGAGAUUACGAGGACGGCCUGUUCGGAGGUUUGGCCUAUCAGUGGUCUGGUGACGUCCAAGCAUCUGUUCAUAACUCUUCAAGUGGGAUGUCUUCAGACUAUCCAAGCUGUGAGAGUGUCACUGAUGAAUAUGCAGGAUACCUCAUUAAGGUGCUCAAGAAAGAGGGAGGCACCAGGGAGCUCAUACUGGAUCAGUAUGCCACUCGAUUGGCCUAUCGAUCUAUUAAAUCAGGCCUGGCUCAUGCCGCACAAAAACUAAAGCAGAGAUCCCCUUUGAGGCUUCACUCCUCUAGGCGUUUACACAACGACCGCAGCCAUGAUACUUCUCAGUUCACCCUUUCCAAAUCAUCCCAUUCUGUUCUUUCUCAUGGAACAGAUGGAUCCUCUUGUGAAUCCCUACCAUGUGCUUAUCAAGAUGGCCAAGACGUGAGUAGUAGUGAAUAUGUAGAACUUGUAAGCUUUGCAGAGUCAUUGGCGUACAACAUCACAUGUGAUGUGACAAGAAAGCUACGAAUGUCGUCCGUUAGACUUCCAAAAUCUCUCACUGAUUCUUGCCUCUACAGGAAAUCAAAUGUAGAGGACGUGCCAGAAAAUCAAAUCAAAAGUGCAUUUUCCUGCUCGCUUUUACCUUUCGCAGAAACUAACAGACUCUAUCAUAGCACUGGCAGCUUGAAUGAAGGCAAAUGCAACAAUGGCGUCAUGCAAGUGAUUGAACAUUACGCCAGGAAGAUUGUCGAUGACACUUUGGAAAUGACACUCGGGCCAGCAUGUUUUCCGGCAGCAGGGAACAGAAGAGGUUUAGAACCCAAUUCUUUCACAGAAAAGCUUGCCGAGGCAUAUGAAGCCUGCCGAUAUUGCCAGGGUCGAGAUUGCCUGUUUUGCAGUAGAGAUGGUCAUCGCAGUUUCCAGGGACUGAAAAGAAGACAGCAACAAGAUUCGGAUGCAGUCACCGGACGUGAAAUUCCUAGAAUACACAUCGAUUUGGAUAAGAGAGCUGCAUUUGCUGAAGGAAUGGUGUCUGGUGCAAUCGAGAAAGCCAGAAAGGAACUCAGCUGUACUAGCUUGAAUGCAGACAGUGGGAUUGGUCAUGAUGGGGCAAGCUUUGCGGAAAGUCUCACCACAGAGAUUAUGACAUCCGCCUUAUCCAACGUCUGUCAAACCAUUAAUCUUGGAUCUCCUAGAAGAGAGGGUGCCAAUGUAACGGAGUCAACAGUGAGUCAGCAGCUCAGUUUGAGCGUCGGUGAUGACAGUCUUGGUAGUUGGUCCAAUUUGAGCUUUGAAGAAGACCAUCCAGAUGAGAGCAGCAGCUUUCACCAUCUAAGUGACAGCAGUAAUGGAAACAGCAGUAGCUGGAGCAGUCUGGGUUUAGAAGGCGAGGUUUAUGAAGAACAUUUGUCCUUCUCUCCAUCAGACAGUGACUACACUGAAGACAAAGAGGCAGAAGUCAAGGAGGCUUUAGGUGGAUCUGUUCGAGCGGAGAGGGAACAUGGGCAAGCUGAUAGAGCACUGAUGGUGGUGAAUACAGAUGUAUGUGUCCGGGGUCUGGGUCAGCUGACAGCAGUGCUGCAGUGGAUCGCCGUCUCUAUUGCUGAUCUGCCUUUAAUGCAACUCAGCCAACAAUCAUCUCCAGAGCUCCAACAGCUGCCAGCUGUGGCACAGCGACUGAGGGAGAGAGAGUUUAGGGUCGGCGACCUUCUGCAGGCUCUGCUGAGGUACUUUGAAGAACGUCAUGUUGAAGAAGAUCGUGAAGCCCACAAGAGCCUCUUCCAGUGGCUUCUAGAGCAGGCGUAAAUCGCACGCAAGAUGAAGAUGAAGUUACCUGUCACUUUACAGUGAUCUGCCAAACGUAGAGGCAUAACCGGUUGAAUGUGUUUAUGUGUCGUGUAUUGCUUAUGCACCCGUGGACACCCAGGGGGCGCCAUAGAAACAACUGAAGUAAUGUAAGAGCCAUUCGUUCAAGCGUGUGUAUUGCAUGCCGUGGCGGAAAGUACUUUUGCUCGCUUUUUGACCUCUCUUUUUGUUGUCGUAUUGUUUUAUUAUUAGACCGUGCAUAUCACACGUGGAGCGCCAUCACUUAUACCUGCGUGUUGUGCUUUGCCCCAUCCCAAACAGUAGUAUUGUAACCAAAACAGAGUUGCUUUCAUGUAAGGGAAUCCCCAUCGCUGCAGGAAAGCUUAUGUCACCGUACUUCACCUUUAUGGGGAUGUUUCCACUUGUUUAAGGGACCAGCCAAGCAAUCCAGCACAGUUCCAGGUCACUGGAAGGUAUUACACAUAUGACAAUUACAGUCAAGGGUAAUUAUGACAAUUGUUUAAUGAUCAUAUUUACCACAUUUUUGGCAAACAGCACAUGGAUACCAGUCAACACGGGUUAAAAAUACUGUCUCGCAGUGAUUAGGGAGACACUUUAAAUAGUUACUGUGAAAAUAUAUCACAAUCAACAAAUGUUAACUUGUUUCAAUUCCAGUCAUAAUUUCAGGAUAAUAUUCCCUGUAGCUAUAAAAAUUCAUUCGGUAUCCACGUAAAUAUGCUUUUUUAUAACUUAAACUUGAAACGAAUUGUUUAUGCUAAACACUAAAAAUAGUACACAUGACUCAGUGUUCAUAAGGGAUCAAUUAUAAAAAUAACUUAUUUAGAUCAGUAAAGACUGACGUGAUUUUACAUUGCCAAGUUACAGAAUAACAUACAGUAUACCUAAAGCUGCUCGCCAAACUCGUAAUAGACAUUUAAAAGUAUUGAACUUAUCUAAAAGGAGGCAUUAUGUUUUGCAACUGCCUUCUGUCAUUAUCCACACUUUUAAGGUUACUGUGAUGCGUUACUAAAUGAGGAAACAUCUGCAGUGAGUAUAAUCCAUAAUACAAUCAUCGCCUGGCAAGGGCUGGUUUCUUUAACACACUGACCCUAUGUGCUUAAGUGUGCACUACACCUAAAUAUUGCACUUUACUAAGGAACGGUUCGGCAGCACUUUACAGAUCGGUAAUAACUGGGUAAUGUAUAUAUACAUAUAUACAUAU